AUGCAGGUGCCGAACAGACCAAUGGGAGUUUAUGGAUACCCUAUGCGUAAUUACGCACCAGCAUCGCUGUACCCGCAGUACCAAGGGAACCAGUGCGCAUCGAUAACGAAGCCUCAGAGUGGGAAAUCGUUCACUAUCGAUGCUUUGCUCGCCAAGCCGGAGGACACCAGCCACUGCAGGGCUAGCCCCACUCAGUGCGGAGAGAAAUAUCAACCAGCGGUUCUGCCCUUUAAUGGACACGUAGGCUUACCGAUGGCAGCAGCAGCUUACGGUUACUCUCCCAACAUGUUGCACUCAGCGCUCCAGUCACAGCCCGGAUAUUCAGUAUACUGCUGCCCACCUUUCACCUACCAGUCAUCGUGUCGGGGAGCAUUUUACGCACAAGCUUCUAUGUCCAAAGUGAACACAGGGCUUCACUCGUUCAAAACCAAAGGUGGGAAGUCGAAACGCAUGCGCACCAGCUUCACUAGCGAGCAGCUCUCCCGGCUGGAGAAGGAGUUUGCCCGGCAGCAGUACAUGGUCGGAUCCGAGAGGUUCCUCCUUGCUUCCGCUCUACAGCUCACAGAAGCUCAGGUCAAAGUGUGGUUCCAGAACAGACGCAUCAAGUGGCGCAAACAGAGUCUGGAGCAGCAGCAGGCAAAGCUGGCCAAACUGGGUCUGGCAGCUCCGCCCAAAAGCCCCGGGUCUCAGGGCCACGGAGAUGAAGGAGAUGAGGAUGAGGAGUUCUCCGACCUGGACGUGGUGUCUGAUGACUCCACUGACCACUGCUGA